AUGACUUCUCCUACUACUUCCACUAUGCCUCCACCUACAACAACGUCCAACGGUAGCACUCCUACCGACAUUGAAAAGACUAGCCAAAGCGAUAAAUCUGCAGACAAUACUACUCAAAGCGAAGAUGGAUUUCAAUAUCCGUCAGCAAAGUCUGCCAAUGCGGUCAUCCUAGCCCUAUGCAUUGUCAUCUUCCUCUCCGCCUUGGAUCGAUUAAUCGUGGCCACGGCCAUUCCUCAAAUGACCAAUGAAUUCCACUCCCUAGAUGAUAUUGGCUGGUACGGCUCUGCCUUCCUCCUCACAUCUUGCUGUCUUCUCCUGCUCGCCGGCCGCAUCUACACCUACUACUCACCCAAGAUGGUCUUCCUCAUUGUUAUCGUCAUUUUCGAGAUUGGAUCUCUCAUCUGCGCAACUGCUCCGAAUUCCACAGUCUUCAUUGUCGGACGUGCUAUUGCCGGCAUCGGUGGUGCUGGUGUCAUGAACGGCGCCGUCACGCUUCUCUCGUGUACCGUACCGUUGGCUAAGCGCGCCAAGUAUCAGGGCAUGUUUGGUGCAGCAUUCGGCCUUGCCAGUGUAGUUGGACCGUUACUCGGCGGUGUCUUUACUACAAAAGUUACUUGGAGAUGGUGCUUCUACAUCAAUCUCCCCAUUGGUGCUGUCGCGAUUGCCGUCAUUGCCGUGGCUAUGAAGGCUAUGCCAGGCGAGAAUAAGGGAAUGCCGCUGAAGCAAAAGUUUCUCCAGCUGGAUCCCCUCGGCGCACUCCUCAUCAUCCCGUCGUUGAUCUGUCUGCUUCUUGCGCUGCAAUGGGGCGGCGCAAAGUAUGACUGGACCAGCGGCCGUGUGAUUGCACUCCUCGUCGUCUUUGCCGUUUUAUUUGUCGCAUUCUGCCUGGUCCAGGUCUUUAUGCGCGAGAACGCAACCAUUCCCCUCCACAUCAUCAAGAACCGCAGCAUUCUUGCUGCGCAGCUGUACGUCUUCUGUCUCAACGGCUCCUUCAACGUCGUCGUCUUUUACGUUCCUCUCUGGUUCCAAGUCAUUCAAAACGUCAACGCCAUCGACUCUGGCAUCCGAACAUUCCCUCUAAUCUUGAGCAUGGUUGUCGGUAUCAUUGCGUCUGGUGUUUUGACUGGCAAGAUUGGCUACUACACCCCCCUCGCCUAUGCGGCUUCUAUCAUUGCUCCCAUCGGUAUAGGACUAAUGGCCACAUGGAAACCAGACACUUCCAAAGGCAUGUGGAUUGGCUAUCAGAUUGUCGUUGGUUUUGGCAACGGUAUCGGUUUCUCCCAAGCCAACAUGGCCGCCCAGACUGUCCUGAGGCGACGUGACGUACCAACCGGAGCCUCCAUUGUCCAAUUCUGCCAGCUUCUCGGCGGAACCGUCUUCAUUGCCGUCGGUCAGAACCUGUUGACUUCCAGUCUUGCCGCGGGCCUUGCGCCGCUCGUACCCGGGCUUGACGCGCGGACGGUUGGCAACCUCGGAGCGGUUGAGCUGCGCAACCUUGUUGUACCGGACCAGCUAGAUGCCCUCCUAAACGUGUAUAAUGACGCCAUCCGCCAAAUCUUCCUCAUGGCGGCCGGAUUGGCGUCGGCGGCCGGGUUGGGGGCCUUAGGGCUGGAGUGGAAGAAUGUGAACAAGGCGGAAAAGGAGCACGGCGAGACAAAGGCGCCGCAGGAGGGUGUCUGA